GAUGGGGGCUGGAGAGAGGGUACAAGCCCCACCUAGGGCGGAGGCCACAGCGCGGAGAGGGGCAGACAGAGCUAUGAGCCUGGAAGGAAGCAGGAUGGCAGCCGGAGCAGCAGUUGGAGCCUGGGUGCUGGUCCUCAGUCUGUGGGGGGCAGUAGUAGGUGCUCAAAACAUCACAGCCCGGAUCGGUGAGCCACUGGUGCUGAAGUGUAAGGGGGCCCCCAAGAAACCACCCCAGCAGCUGGAAUGGAAACUGAAUACAGGCCGGACAGAAGCUUGGAAGGUCCUGUCUCCCCAGGGAGGCCCCUGGGAUAGUGUGGCUCGUGUCCUUCCCAACGGCUCCCUCUUCCUUCCGGCUGUCGGGAUCCAGGAUGAGGGGAUUUUCCGGUGCCAGGCAAUGAACAGGAAUGGAAAGGAGACCAAGUCCAACUACCGAGUCCGUGUCUACCAGAUUCCUGGGAAGCCGGAAAUUAUAGAUUCUGCCUCUGAACUCACAGCUGGUGUUCCCAAUAAGGUGGGGACAUGUGUGUCAGAGGGAAGCUACCCUGCAGGGACUCUUAGCUGGCACUUGGAUGGGAAGCCGCUGGUGCCUAAUGAGAAGGGAGUAUCUGUGAAGGAAGAGACCAGGAGACACCCUGAGACGGGGCUCUUCACACUGCAGUCGGAGCUAAUGGUGACCCCAGCCCGGGGAGGAAAUCCCCAUCCCACCUUCUCCUGUAGCUUCAGCCCAGGCCUUCCCCGACGCCGGGCCUUGCACACAGCCCCUAUCCAGCCCCGUGUCUGGGAGCCUGUGCCUCUGGAGGAGGUCCAAUUGGUGGUAGAGCCAGAAGGUGGAGCAGUAGCUCCUGGUGGAACCGUAACCCUGACCUGUGAAGUCCCUGCCCAGCCCUCUCCUCAAAUCCACUGGAUGAAGGAUGGUGUGCCCUUACCCCUUUCCCCCAGCCCUGUGCUGAUCCUCCCUGAGAUAGGGCCUCAGGACCAGGGAACCUACAGGUGUGUGGCCACCCAUCCCAGCCACGGGCCCCAGGAAAGCCGUGCUGUCAGCAUCAGCAUCAUCGAACCAGGCGAGGAGGGGCCAACUGCAGGCUCUGUGGGAGGAUCAGGGCCAGGAACUCUAGCCCUGGCCCUGGGGAUCCUGGGAGGCCUGGGGACAGCCGCCCUGCUCAUUGGGGUCAUCUUGUGGCAAAGGCGGCGACGCCAAGGAGAGGAGAGGAAGGCCUCAGAAAACCAGGAGGAAGAGGAGGAGCGUGCAGAGCUGAAUCAGUCGGAGGAACCUGAGGCAGGCGAGAGUGGUACUGGAGGGCCUUGAGGGGCCCACAGAGAGAUCCCAUCCAUCAGCUCCCUUUUCUGUUUCCCUUAAACUGUUCUGGCCCCAGACCAACUCUCUCCUGUAUAACCCCACCUUGCCAAACUUUCUUCUACAACCAGAGCCCCCCACAAUGAUGAGUAAACACCUGACACAUCUUG